GGGUCCUUAAUGCAUGAUUCUCACGAGCUCAUGGCUUGCACAGCUUGCGCAGCUGGUCGCAGCAGACGGCCUGCCACCUGAAACCUGCUCCUGGGCACCAUUGCCGCGAGAUGACGACUUCGACCUGAGCUCCGGCUUUGUGGACUCGGUGCCCAGGCAGUUCGCCCGAUGUUCGCUGGCUUUAGAUGCUGCUGGAGGGCAUGCGAGUGGCUUGUUGGAGACUUUGAUCUUUGGCAUGCCACCUGAGCGUUCUUUCAGUCCGGAGGCCUCGCGCUGCCCAGAAGGUUUGCAGUUCGAGGAGCUCUUGCUAAGCCCGCGUUAUUUGGUGGUGGCUGCGCAACCAGAAGUGGCAAGGAGCAGCGACUGGCGAGAGCUGAUACCGGUGGGUGCCUGCGUUCCGCCAGCGUGUCACGAGGCCUUUGCAAACCUGGCCUUGCCACGUCUGCUGGAAUGGCGUCAAGGCAAAUCGGCCAAGUAUCAUCCUUCGCCGGGACCUUGCGCUGGCGCCUUCGACGUGGAUGACGCAAGUUGCGUGCAACACCUAGACCAGGACAUCCGCAGCGAGGCUUGCGUCACGGCGGUGCACGUGUGGCGGGUCUUGUGCGACGCCCGUUUUUUUGAUGAGCUCUUCGGGGCUCAGGUGAGAAGCUUGCCCAAAGACAGUUUGGGUGAAAGCUCAGAGUUCGCCGAGCACCAGAAGGCUGCUUUGGGGCACUACAGUACUUGCAAGGAGGGAGGUGGCAGCUAUGUCGGGGUUUACUUCAAUGCUGUGGGGGAGGAAGACCCAGCUGGCGCAGGCUACGCGUUGGGCAUGUGCAUCCCGUCACUCCAUACCACCUACAGCUCCGCAGUCUCCACCAUCGUGGCGUGGCGUUUGGGCCUUCGUAUGGCCACCGCCUACCCGGGCGUGGCCAUCGAUGCAGACAGCGUCCGUUCAGCAGAGCUGAUGCACCGGAAUGAGCUGGAGAUCGGUUGGGCCAUCAUUGGCUUGGGACGGAGUGGGACCACCAGCCUGGCCGCCUGGUUGGAUAGCCAUCCCAACUUGGAGCUCCUGAGCGACCCAGAGGACCAUUUCCGUGAGGGUUCCUUCGACUACCUCUUCCGCCGGAGCCACCUGGAGCACCUCAUCCGCCGCGACGAGCUGCCGAGUGCUGCGCGUGCUGGUUCCGCGGGUCCGGUCCGCGGGCGACGGACGCCAUUGGUGGGCAUUAAGGAGCCGAACCUGUUGCGCUCCAGCAGGGGGAGGCAGAUCAUGGCGGAGAUGAAGAGAACGAAGGUGCUGAUUAUUUUCAAGAAUUGGGUGGACUGGCUGAAGAGCGCAGCCCUCUUCAUCCGCCCAACGCCUUGCUUCCCAAGGAACUUGGCCAGGAUUGGUGAAGAGGGCAACGACUGCAGCUUCGCCUUCGAUGAAGCCCACCUUUUUGAGAAAGUGAGGGAUUUGGAGCAGAAAGGAGUGGCACGCGAGCGCAUCAAGGUGGUUCACUUGGACACCCUCCGGGCUGAGGGCCCUGCCGCCCUGCGCCGCCUGGGCGCCUUCCUGGGGGCCGGGAACCGGUCGACCGGUAGCAGCGGGAGCAGCGCCGGUGCAAUGCCGCAAGAGGGAGAAGUGGCGGAGGAUGAAGUGGAAUUCUGGGAGGAGCUGUGUGGCUUGCCAACUGAGCUGGCCAGAAGACUGGAGCGGCGCCGGAGUGAAGCACUCCGCGGCUGCGAUGAGCUGCUGCGGCGAAGUGGCGAGCCGAUACCGGAAUCCGUCUUGCGCCCUGUACCCAUCCAACAAGAAGCCUGCCAACGAAUGAAAUCAAAGAUUAAAA